GCGGUGCAGCUGGAACCUUCUCGCGGCUCGCCAGCAGGCAGCGCACACACGUCAUCCUCAUCGGCGGCGAACGGCGCCUCCAACCGUCGCCCCAGGGUUGCCGCCGCGACCCGUCCAUCGGAAAUCGUCGAACCCGUCGAUUCCGGACGCCAGGAGUUUUUUCCGGAAGUGAUCUAAGUCGUGCGUAAAAUGUGACGUCGAUCGCAGAUUAGUGAACCGAUCGGGCCGCCUCGAGAUCGAGAAUCUCGGCUGAAGUUGAUGGGGGUGAACAGCGAAAUCAGCGCACGGGACGCGGGAGGAUCAAUUCUGAGCGAGGAUACUUUGGUGCGUGAAGAGGGAUCAUCUGUUCUGACAGUAAGAGAGAUCAAACGACACCGCCUUCGAUCGCAGGAUGGCUCUUCAAGCUCGAACUUCCGGGUUGUAAUGACGCGUCUCGCCAAAUAGGCCCGAAAUUUCAAUCCUGAUGAUUGCGAGCAAACUGAAAAUGAAACGGAGAAGCCGUUUGACGAAAAUGUUUGACGAAAGUACAAGAAUAUAAAUAUAAAAUGUGAAUGAACCGGAAGACUGGAAUCAAGAGUCUUGAUGAUGCCGACGGACGGAGUCAAGAUUACGUCAGAUCGAUCGUUAAAAUGUCGAUUAUCCAAUGGCCUCGGAGGUUCUACUUUGAUGAUGAUGAGGAACUCUUGAACUUAGUGACUCGUGUCGCGAUGUGUGCACUUUGAAAUCGUUCGUAAGGAAUUUGUACAAUUAUUAAGGAUGGUAUGAAGAACGCAUACUGUGACUGAUGAGAAAGAACUUUACGCGAAACUUGAAUCGUAUUCAAUGUUGGACGUUCGACAAUUAAUCGGAAAUCGGUGAAAGUGUUCGGGCUGGUAGAACAGAAGUCGUGUUGUGGAUCGUGUUGCCAGGGUCGAAAUUAAGUGACGAAAUCUUCAUAAUUUCUGCCUACCAUGCAACCAUUCGCAACGGGCAGCACAAUGGCGACCGAGACACCGACGAGUCUGCCGCCCGAGAGGGUGACUUCCCCGACGCCCUGCCGAAACCUCACCUUCUCCAUCGCGAAGAUUAUGGAGCCGGACAAGCGACUGACCGAGCAAAACGUUAAUCCGGUGCCUCCACCGCCGCCGGCACUACCGACGACGACGGCCACGACGAUUCUGCAACAACCACCGAAUAUCACCUCCUCGUCGUACUCGGCGCAUCUCAAGUCGGCGUUCGAGAAAUAUGUGCCGACCUUAAGGCACCAGGAUUUGCUGCAGCAUUACCCCGUAUUAUCUAAAUACUAUCCACUGUACUAUCCGAGUCCCUUAUUAAGGGCCUUCCCAGGUCCCCCCGCUUCGACUCCGUCGGUUACGCAAAAUUCGCCACCGCCCACGACGAUUCAGGAGGCUUCCUCGAGGUUGAGCCUCACCAACAUGUCGUCGGAGAACCCGCGCGGCAAGAAGAGCCCGGCACCGCGCGGCGAACUCGGCGCCGCCACCAAGCAGAAGACCUUCACCUGUCCAGAAUGCGGCAAGGUGUUCAACGCGCAUUACAAUCUGACGCGGCAUAUGCCGGUUCACACGGGCGCCCGGCCGUUCGUCUGCAAGAUCUGCGGCAAGGGUUUCCGGCAAGCGAGCACCCUCUGUCGGCACAAGAUCAUCCACACCGCCGAGAAGCCGCACAAAUGCGUGACCUGCGGCAAGGCCUUCAACCGCAGCUCCACCCUCAACACCCACACGCGCAUACACGCCAACUUUAAGCCGUUCAUCUGCGAGUUCUGUGGCAAGGGCUUUCACCAGAAGGGCAACUACAAGAACCACAAGCUUACGCACAGCGGCGAGAAGGCGUACAAGUGCAGCAUUUGCAACAAGGCAUUCCACCAGGUCUACAACCUGACCUUCCACAUGCACACGCACAACGACAAGAAGCCGUUCUCCUGCAAGAUCUGUGGCAAGGGCUUUUGCAGGAACUUCGACCUCAAGAAGCACAUGCGGAAGCUGCACGACGCGGGCUCGCCGGUGCUGAACGGAUUGGACGCUUCGGGACAGAGCCACAAUCAGCAGUCGGGCUAUUCGUCAGUGUACCAUGGCCCGGAACACUCCAUCGUUAGUCCGUUCAUCCUUCCACCACCUGGAUCCACCAGUUAUCACUCGUUGAGCAAAAUGUUGUGACAAAGCGAGAACAUGCACUAUCCCAGGAAGACUCAAUAUCCGCUGAUCCUCGGCUCACCUUGCUACCCAGCUGACAUGGGUCAGCUGGUGCAAACGUCCAAGUGAAAGAGACUCGACCUCUUGUUUCAAGAGAAUCUUUCCCCGAGUUCGUCAUAAAGAGAAAUCACAAGAUUUGCAAUGUACCUUGCUGGAACUGUACGCACGAUCUUGAAAGGAUGAGAAAAGUAUGACAAACAUUUAACAUGCAACAAGUAAUAACAUUGACGGAUUACUCGAUAUGAAGAAUGAAAACAUGUAGUCGUCCAUUUACGUUGUUAUAAAGGUAAAAAUUAGGUUAAAACAAAACACGAACUUUCUUAAAAUGAAUUUAUAUGAAAUUGUUUUCUUUACAUUUUUAUAAUAUUUUAUGGAUAAAAAUUCUUAACUAAAUUUUUAUGUUUCACGUUUUAUAAAUCCAUAAUCUGUGUGCGUGCUGCGAAUAGAAAUAUAAACUGUCAAAUUACCAGUCGGAUUGCACACGUUGUAACAAUUUGGAUGAUAUUUCCGAUGAGCAUAAUAUGAAAUUGUGGGAUAUUUACUCAACAGUAUUGAAAAUCGCAAAUAAUUCGCAUCGUGAACGAGAUAAACCAUGUCGCGGAGGUAAACCAAACAAGACACGGACGCCCUAUUAGACCCUUCGCCAACUGGGAAGGGUUUUAACGAUCGAUUUUGGACGUCGACGGUUGCGUCAAUGAACUCCUGCGGGCUAAUUACACAUAUGAUAUGUAAAUAUUUGUAAAUAUUUGUAUGUGCAAAGCAAAUGUGCGCGUAACGAUGGACAGAAACGAGCGUCAUUAGCAAAGUGAUCUGUAAUUAGGAUCGUUUUAGUAUAGAGACUGACAGCAAGACUGGCAGCACGAUGAAAUCGUCCGGAAGGCUUAUCAAAAAUUCGUCCAGAUCUCGCAGAAUAUUUGCCCUCGUGUUCCAUUAUGUAUUAAUUGCGGCUAGAAAGGAAUAAAAAUUCUGAAUAAAUGUGCGUUUGUGCAACAAGAGU